CCCCAAAUAAAUCACCUAAAUGUUAUUGUAUCCUUUUACUACAGAUGCUCAAAAUUGCAUGAAAUGCUCUAAAUAUGAAAAGUCAAAUUCUGGAAGAAACAGCUGCAUCCCAAGGAAUAUAAAUUACCUUUCCUAUGAAGACCAACUGGGCGCUACUUUAUCCUUCAUCUCCAUAAUAUUAUCCAUCAUGUGUGCUGUAAUCCUGGGAAUCUUUAGAAAGUAUUGUCAGACUCCUAUAGUGAGAGCCAACAACCAAUAUCUCAGCUGUCUCCUCCUCAUCUCUCUCAUGUUGUGUUUCCUUUCCUCUUUAUUAUUUAUUGGGCGCCCCACACAGAUAUGUUGUAUCCUUCAACAAGUGAUCUUUGGGAUUGUGUUUACUAUUUCUCUUUCAUCUUUGUUGGCUAAAACUCUCACAGUUAUUAUUGCCUUCAAUGCCACAAAGCCUGGGAGCAAGCUGAAGAAGUAUAUAGGAACCCAACUGUCCAUCAUACUAAUCAUUGUAUGUUCUUUAGGUGAGACUGUGAUUUCUGCUGUGUGGUUGGCCUCCAAUCCCCCAUUUGCAGAGGCUGAUACUCUUUCUGAUCCAGACUAUAUAUUUCUGUUCUGUAAUGAGGGGUCUGGCAUCCUUUUCUUCUGUAUAAUUGGUUAUAUGGGAACCUUGGCCCUACUGAGUUUCAUUGUUGCAUUUCUAGCCAAGGAUUUCCCUGACCGAUUUAAUGAGGCUAAAAACAUCACUUUCAGUAUGUUGGUGUUCUGUAGCGUGUGGGUGACAUUUGUCCCUGCAUACCUGAGCAGUAAGGGGAGUAGAAUGGUGGCUGUGGAGAUAUUUGCCAUUUUAUCUUCCAGUGCUGGAUUGUUAGGCUGUAUAUUCAUUCCCAAAUGUUAUAUAAUUUUUCUAAAGCCUGAACUGAACACAAAAGACCCAAUUGUUAGAAAAUGAUAGAAUUAUACAGGAAUAAGAAUUUCAGAAAAACCUUGGGGAGGAAUAAAGUAGAGUACCCAUGGAACUAUAGCAGGGUGAUUGUCAUCCCAGUGACUUUCUAUAUAUCUGUAACCUAGUGAUGAGAUAAGGGGGAUCAAACUGAAAGCCACUUAGGGUGAGAUUUGUGGUGAGUGUUUAUUGUACCAAGACGACUCCAUUAACUAUACCUCGAUGUUCCUAUAUAUCUGUUACCUUGUUAUAAGCUAAGGGGCCCAGCCUGAAAAUCAGUUAAGGAGAGAUUUGGGAUGGAUAUAUAUUGGAACUGCAAAUAUAUCUGGAUGACUAUUACUCCAGUGUUUCUAUAUUGCCAUAACCAUGUCUUGAGCUUAAGCUUCCCAGCCUAAUGACAAGUUAUAGUUUGAUUUAACAUGAGGGCUUAUUUGCUGCACUAGGUAUCCCUGGAGCUAGAGGAGGGUAAUUGUCAUAAGAAAACAUUGACAAAACCACCAAAGUAAGAGAUUUAAUUAGAAAUAAGAGAUUAAUUUCCCUGGCAGAAAUGCA